AUGGCUUAUUGUCUGUGCAAGUUCACCCACACUGCUCACUCCUGUCUCCCGAGUGCCAGAUGACCGUCUGCUGAUCGCGACCUAACUGAGCUCCAGGAGCAGUGCAAGAGACACAGGCUCACUCCGCCAAGCCACAGCCAGGAGCAUCCUGCCCAAGGAGCGAUGCCAUUGGUACCCAGGAGAAGCUGGGGCUGCCCCAGUCCUGUGCAUGAGAGCUGACACCCCAGGGACCCUGCACCCCAUCCUGGAGCCCUCAUCCCACCCUGAGCUGAGCAUCGAGGGAGCAGAGAGCAGGCUGAAACCUGAAUAAUUUGAUUCAAAAGAACAUCCUCACACUGCACACAGCGUGGUGUGUGGCUCAGUCCCGAACAUGACCACAGAGAGUUUCUCAGAGUUCCUGAACAAGCUCAAGGAAAUCCAUGAGAAAGAGGUCCAAGGUCUGCACAGCAAAGUGGCGGAGCUGACAACGGAGAAGUGCCGCGAUGCUCAGAGAAUUGAAGAGCUAUUUGCUAAAAAUCACCAAUUAAGGGARCAGCAGAAGGUCCUUAAAGAAAAUGUAAAAGUGUUAGAAAACAGRCUGCGAGCUGGUCUCUGUGACAGAUGCAUGGUGACCCAGGAGCUGGCCAAGAAGAAGCAGAAUGAGUAUGAGACCUCUCAAUUCCAGAGCCUGCAGCACAUCUUCAUCCUCUCAAACGAGACCAAUCGCCUGCGGGAGGAGAACAAAACUCUCAAGGAAGAACUGAAGCGGCUCCGGAGCCUGGAGGACAGGACAAAGACCCCAGCAGUCACCUCCAGAGAAAGCAGCUCCACACCGAGCUCCCCUUUGACCUUGCUGUCCCCAGCGAGCAGGAAUGUCAGCACUGAGAAAGCAGCUCACAGGGAAGCAGAGGAARCCCACCAGGAUGUGCCAGACCUGGAGCUCAGUGAAGAAAAGCCUCCAGAGAAGCUCCAGAGAAGCUCUCCAAGCAGCAGGAGCUCUCCAGGAACUGUCCUCCAAGAAGUCAGCCUCGCASAAAUGGCAUCCCAGAGGAUUUCCAACCAGCUGCACGGAACCAUUGCCCUGGUGAGACCUGGUUCCAGACCCUGCCUCCUGGAGAAGAGUCCCUCAGGAGCAGCAGUGUCUCCACCAGCCAGGAAGACUCCUCUCCCUCCGGAGCGUGAGCACAGCCCCAGCCUGGAGGCCUACUUAACAGCGAGCAAACUGGACUUCCCGAAGGCUGCUCCAUCCUACGAAAACCUAAAGCUGAGUGCGCGGAGAGAGCAGCUCUGCCUCCUGCACAAACACCUUUCCCUGCACCAGCUGGGGCUGGCGAGUCCCUGCGGCCCGGCUGACCGCGACAGCGGCGGAUUCUCCAGCCACUCGGUCCGGGGCAAAGCCACCGACGGCCGGCCGAGGCCCCGGGACAGCUGGGAGGAGCACGCAGCUUUGCUGAAGCUUCCAGCCACCAUGGUGUACGUGAGGGACCAGCAGCUGGAGGAGAAGCUGCAGCUGCUGAAGCACCGGGAGCGGCUGCAGCAUCUCCUCCUGCAGCAGUGCCAGCCCGGCCAGCGGGAGGACGGCGACACCAAAGUCCCGUCCCGGGAGCGGCCCCUGUCCCCGUGGAUGGGCAUCGCGGCAGCGUGCAAGGAGGAGAGGGAAUUCCUGGAGGAUGCUGCGGAUGGGAAAGAGGAGAAGGAGCUUUGGCUGAGCCGGGAUCGCUCCCAGCUCCGAGCGAAGGUGAAGGAGGCGAGGGACGAUGAUGCGGACGCGCCGCUGGACCUGUCCGACUCCGGCCGCGGCAGGGACACGGAGUGGCACGGCCGGAGGGAGCUGCGGGGCUCCGGCAGCCCGGGGGACAGCUCUGGGGACAGCCCGGCUGUGCCGGCAGCCCGCGGCCCCGGCGGGGAACACAGGGCACCGAGGGACGAUCCGCGCUGCCCCUACCACUGGCCCAGCGCCACCCGGGCACUGCGGAGUGCUGCCAAGGAGGAGGAGGAGGAGGAGGAGGAUGAAGAUGCAGCUGUGCUCGCGCUCUCACGGGCAUAUCUGACAAACAACUCCACUCUGAGUGACCCAGAGGCCGUUCCUGAGGCUGGGAUGAGGCGGGAUGGCAGUGCACAGAAGGGAGGAGCAGAUGGCAAUGAUGCCGACUCUGGGAAGCAAGAAUCUGACGAGCCAGACACGACAGACAGUGAGGAGAAGUAUGAAGAUGAGAUCCUACAAGAAGCUGAGGCUGAUGGGAAAUACUUUCGCACCAAAGACAAAGCUCAUGUGCAGCCAAGGAAGAGAAAAAGAGGACAGGAUCCYUGGACAAAAGGAGCUAAGAAGUCAAUGAGAGGAAGAAAGAAAAUCAAAGUGGAGCAAUGCCCAGUGGGGAUCACAAAGGAACUGGAGAAUUGCUCAGCUUCCCACAAUGAUCCCUCCGAGGAGAGUUAACACAGGGCAGGAUGAAGCAACUGCAGACCAAAGGAGAAGGCUGGGAGACCUCAGCAUCCCAUCCACGCUGCGGGAGUGAAUCCUGUCACUCUGGGGAAUUCAUAAGGACUCAUUAAUGAGCAGAGCACCCUGAAAGUCCUCACUCAGUGCCCCAGGGGAGGCUGGGCAAGGAUGAGCCGUGCAGGUGACAUCUGGAGCAGCCUGGUCACUGCUGGUGGAGCAGCACAUUCCGUGAGCCCAGCCYUGUGCCAGAGCAGACCCUCAGACUGGUGCCAGGAGCAGGAGAGGUCUCUUUGCAGCCCUCACCCUGUAUCAGAACUAUGCUCUUCCCUGGGAUUUCCCUCUUGGAGGAUGGACUACCUGACCCCUCUCCCCAUGAAGGAUGUGUUGGUGGAGGGCUGAGCGGUGGUGACCAAACCAAACACUGCAGGGCCCCAUGCACAAACCUGCUUCAAUUAAAUCUCUGCCCAGGUUUCAUACACACGUGGAUUUUGUCUGACCUGGAAAAAGCCCAGGUUUUCUUUUCUUGUUAAGUGAGGAGCAAGAACGUGGACAGGCAGGUGGGAUGGAUCCCUGGAGAAGGCAGGAAGAAGAGCAUGGGAAGGGAAGGUUUGGGUGCUCCCUCUCCCCAAGGUGUCCUGCAUUGCCUGAAAAAGGUCAGUGUGCGAGAUCCAGCUGUGACUCACAGCAGAGCACCAGCUCAGCACUUCACACUGACCUUGGUAGGACUGAUGGGAGCUAUUUUUCAUGUGGAUAAACUGUUCUUAAUAUUUUUUUUUUCUGAUGGAAUGCGAUGGAAAGGGCUGCAGUGAGCAUCCCUGCAACCGUGACAUCGAUCCAGGAGCCAGGCUGGGCUGUUCCUGGAUCACRGGUGGAGAACAGGGACAAAACUGAGCGAGAGCAGCAGAGAAGUGCCAACACUCGUCCUACUGUACUCCUACUUCAUUUUCCCGCAGUUAUUUCUAUUUUAACGCGGUUUUGUUUGCCCGUUCACAAGAACGAAGGCAAAGCUCAGCCAGCCAA